AUGGCCCAGGCGUUGGAUUUUUGUCUUCGAUGCAAUUCUCUGAAGUGCAGAGUAACCUUGAGUGAGAGGGCAGUGGUAACUACGUGCUCACAUAUUUUCUGCCAUCAAUGUGCCGACCACCUUGGCCUUUCACGACCGACAACAUCUGAGCGGAAAUGCCCUGCUUGCCACGCUAGCCUUGUUAACCCUGACGAUGCGGUUUCUACCGUCCUCAACCCUAGCGAAGAUUACAAAACCAGCGUACUCAGUGGACUAGAUCCCCAUACUAUUAUGGAAUGUGCUGGGCGUGCUUUGGCAUUCUGGACGUAUCAGUCUGCGCAGGAAAUUUUUUAUCAGGAAUAUCUCAGCAAAAGUUUGACCGAAAAAUAUGGUAUCCUAAACCAACAAAUGGACAAGGUGAUUCAUGACGCAAACUCAGAAAUAUCGACUCUGCAAAACCGCAUUUCAGGUAUUAUCUUCCUCCCCCAGUCUUCGAUGAACUGUAGCUUAUGCGCCACUGUAGAAAUGCAAAUAAAUCAGGAGCAGCUGCAAAAGAAGAACUAUGAGUUAGUUGAGAUAUAUCGAGAUAAAUGCAAGAAGCAUGCCCAAGUAACGAACCUGUACAAUCUCCUUAAAAACCAGGCGAUGAGGUCUCAGAUUCAAACAGCAGCAUCGGAUUCCGUAAUCCAGGUCCUUGAGUCCCUUGGUGGAAGGGCCAACUCCGGCUCGGGCGCAGAUGAUUUGUUCCGUCCUUCAACCUCUCUGGCUCCAUCUCCUCGACAUAGCCCUGUCAGGUACCCAACGGCAAAUUCAGGAAUCGAACAACUGCACCGCCAUCAAAGGAGUGGGAGUGGAAGUAUCACGAAAAAUCGCUUAGACUCCGCGGCAAUGCCUCCUCCUAGCGGUAUGCCACCGUCUUUUCGGACCACCACAUUACUACCAGCGACGCCGCAACAUCGAACCAGGCUCCCUGGCCCUCCAUCUUCGACCCAGAGGCCUGAUUGCCAGGAGCGUCAACAACAUGGCUAUACACCAAACACUCAGAUUUUCCCUGCUCCACAACGAUUCGCGCCCGCAGGCGUUGAUAGCAGAUUUUCUAACAUUAACUCUGGCAACUAUGGCCUGAGUUCUGGCAUCAAAAUCGGCCGCCCCUCUGACGCCUCCACCCAAGGUUCUAAUCCGCGAUCCAACAUUUUCGGGAUAGGAAGCAGUAUGGGGAUUGACAAUUCCCAUUAA